ACCAUUUUCUUGUUUACCUUUCAACAGAUGCAUCUACUCCCAAGAAAUGUCGUGCUCGGUUUGGCGUCGACCAGCAAGACUACUGGUGCAAACCCUGCAGGAGAAAGAAGAAAUGUAUUCGUUAUGUGAGCGGAGACGAAAAGGGAGAUGAGGACGAUGAUAAUUCAAAUGAUCACUCGGAUUGUGGUGGUGACGAACAGAACCCGGUUUCUUCAAGCGGCGAGAACGGAACCAUGCAAUCGGAUGAGAGGCAUUCACCUGUGCCGGUUCCCGUGUCUCAUCCCGCGUUGAUGAACGGUAAUUCGGACAGCAACGAAACAUCACAAUCUUCCAGUACAGCUCAAUCGCAGUCUCGUAGUUCACAAUCAAUUCCUUCACAUUGUGUACAAACAUUUGUCCACUCUCCACAACCUCAACUUGCGACACACCCCAUAGCAUAUACACCCCCUCUGAUGCUAUAUCCCACACAACCAGCAUUUAUCACGCACUCAUCGCAUUCCGGUUUUACAGGGACAUUAACAGGACAAUCACCGUUACACGUACUACCGAGACCACCUCCGCAAAGACUUUUAGAAUUGCCAGAAGCACCUCAGGAUUUAUCAAUGAAAUCAGCUACUGUUACAGCAUGAGGGCGUCGUUAAAAUAAUUAUUUGUAAAGUAUGUAAAAUUUCUUAUGCUGCCUUAUAAUUGUAUAGAAAUUUGAAGAAAAAAAAAUGAUCCUCCUGUUUGUCAGUAUUGGUGUUGCCUCUCUUGGUAUAAAUACUGUUUGUGGAAAAUUACUGCUUUUUUUGGACAAGUUUGUACACCAGAGGAAGAAAGAUGGUCGCGUUUUUGAAGACUGAAGUCACGAUGCCAGGCUGUCGACAAAUGGCAUCUGGCCACUAUUGUAGCGCAGCUGCAUAACGACGGUGAUGACACUGGGAUAAAACUGUGUCAGAUAUUGUGCUCAUCAGUGAUUAAGUAUCAUUGGUUGCCUAGGAUUAUUUGAAAUGGCUAUUUAAAGAAAAUAAAACGAAUUGCCUUCUGUAUGGUUAUUUUUUGAAGAUUAAUAUGUAGAAAGCAAGUUUUUAUCUAAAGUUGUUGAGCUACAUACAAACAUUACUUCAAAUUAGACCAAAUUCAUCAAGGCUUGUUUUGUCAAUCAGCUUAAAGUUUACUCAUGACACAAUAUCAUUUGAAAAGACAAUUAUAAACAAUGUUUAAGAUUAAGUAGCAAAUUGUAGCUGCUUCUUUGGGGUUAAAUGUUUAAACGUGUUUAGUUUGUUAUAUGCUAAGCAAAGUGAUUGUCAUUCACAUUGAGCAUGUUCUUAUACGUUUCCACCCAUUCUGAAAUAUGCCAUUUUUCAUUUCUUCAGUGUGUGUUUUGUCGUAUGGAAUUUUCAAAAUUCCAAAUUGUACAUUAUAUCAGCUAAUCAUUGAAUAGUUUUCUGGACAAUCGCUUUGUGGUACGUUCGCUUUUACUGGACACCAAAGUACACUUCCCCUCUGAAAUACACAAAUCCCAGUAUGCAAAAAAAAAAAAUAUAUGUAUGUUUUUAAAUAAAAUAAAUGUGCUGAAAAGAGAGGAAUGGUACUUUCUGUCGAUUUUGCAUUUUUCUCUCCUGCCUUUGUCCUGAAAUUCUGCUAAUGCUGGUAGUUGAUAUUUGGAGAACUUUGAUAGUUUCAGUUUUGCAAGUUAUUGAUAAAUAGAACCCCUUUGUGGCAACAAUGUGGAUUUGUUUUACUGCCCAUAAGCCAAGUAUUUUUUUAAAGAUACUGUAAAAAUGCCUGUUCUUUCAAACAUGCAUAUUUUUUUCUGGAAUGGUUGAACAGACUCGUAAUAUUGAUCUGUUGUGGAGAUGAGAAAAAGGUGAGGUUCCUCUCAUGCCUGGAUCGUUUUUGCCACAGAUCAAAAAUAAUAAUACACAAAGUUAAUUUCAUUAUAAAUACAGUUUUUAAAAAUACGUAUCCACAAGGCCUAUUAAUUACAGUGGACUAGCUUGCAGUUGGUUUUGUUAAAUGCCACCAGAUUAAAUCAAUUACAUCGGCAUAUAAUGCUGCUGCUAGAGGGCGCUUCAAUUUUGAAUGGCUUGUGUUUAACCAUUUGAUUUAUUUUGAUACUGAUGCUUCAUCAAUCUGCCUUCAAUAAUUAUCUGGUUAAAAAAAUACUGUGGAUUGAAAAUUACAAAGCACAGUAUUUUUAUAUAUUCAUGUUGUUUUUGAUUGUGACGGUCAUUGUGUUUCAGACCAUAAAUAGUUUAAAAUUCAGAAUCACUGGUAAAAUGUUCGUAUUGAAAUGAGUUGGUAUAAAAUACUGACAUAGCUAUGUUUAUGGUACAGUAUAUCAACAUAGGUAAGAUGGUAACACCUAUCAAACAUGGUAUUGUUCUAAUUAUGAAAUAGUAUUAUGAUGGUACAACAGUUGACAUGGUAAAUAAGAUGGUACUAUCAGUGUGGUAUUGGUCCUUCCAUUGACUUAAUGUGAUAGUUCCAGCUGUUGAUGUUGUCAUAGAAUAGUACCAACUACAGACAUGAUCAAGUGAUUACCAACUACAGUAAAUACAUAGUAUUGUAAUAUGAUAGCAAUUACUAUACUGUUACUAUAGCAUCAAUGAGAAUAAUUUGAAAAUGUUUCUGUCAUGCUUCUCCAUUUAUAUAUUGUUCCCAUUUUUUAUUUAUUUUUUUUAUUUUGUAGAAAAUCAGAUUUAUUUAUGCACAUAAAUUUGUUUAAUAUUUUAAAAGUAUCUUUGCAUCUUUGCAACGUUAGUAUUUUAGCAUAUCAGUUUAUAUCAAAAAUGUCAAUUAUUGUGUCUGGUAUCGUCUCUAAUCAUGUCACAUUGCCUCUCUUUUUUAUUAUCAAGUGUACUUAACAAGAUUAGAUCGAUGGUUAAGAACUAUCCUUUUCCUGGAACAUAAGAGUCCAUUUUCUUUGUAUUAUUAUUAAGUUGGCCAGUCAUCAAUAUAGAUUUUUUUAAUCUGGAAAAGAAUAAAUAAAAAAAAAUUACUCAAUACAAAAUUAAUUUAUAUGUCCUUGUUCUGAAAUUUCAAGCCCAACGGUGAUGUCCUUUUGGCCAGUGAUCAUUAUGCUGGUGAUGUAGACAUAAAUAAUGCCUGGUACUCUUCGGCCAACGUGAUGCUGUGGAGAAUGCCGCGCCAAGAUGCGCAACAAAUCGUUUUUAAUGGCUAUUCAGACUUAACAAUAAUCAGCAGAUGGCGUCGCGUUGAGUUGGAUUCAUCGGUCACACGGCUGAACGAAGUACGACGUACUGUAGCGAGUGCCCGGUUUAACAGUGCCAAUCCACACCAAGUAGAUUAGGCCAAAUGAAAAUAAAAUCAUGUUAGCAAGUUGAGGGCGUUUCUAUCAUCAACCAAUCACACGUACGCGUUUACAAUUUCCAGUUUCUUAUUGGCCAGUGAUUUGAUCAUCAUAUUGUUGGUAUCCGGAUCGGGAUUUUUUCACAUGGACGCACGGCAGCUAACGGUUAGCAGGAUCUGGAUCUUGCUAACCAUUAGCUGUCAUGUGAGAACAUAGCCUAUGUGUUUCUAGGGCAUGGCCUGAAAAACAAUCUGGAUGUGUAAUAUGAUGCCAUUUUGUAAAAGGCUAAAAUAUAUUAAAAUUGGGUCUCGUCCUAUAUUUUAAAGUCAUGUCCAUACUGUCAAAUUUUGACAACAAACAUGUGACAUGCCUAAAUAUGGUCAUGAUGACAUCACAUCAUGACCAUAUAUAGACACAUCAUGACUAUAUAUGGGCAUACAACAGCUUUUUUGUCAAAGAAAAUUUGAUAAUCUGGACAGAGCUUUAAAAAAAUAUUUGGUAUAUUUUGUUCCCUUUGGUUUUGUUCUUUCAAGCAAGGAUUUGUGUUGGUGCAUUUUUCAUGUUUCUUUUCCAGAAUAGAGUACAUAUCUUAUGUUAUACAAUGGAUGAUGAGACUCAAGAUGGUGGGUGUUAUGCCAUUAUUUAUACAAUAUUAUCCAUUUCAUCUAUAUUUUGCAACAAUUUUGGUGACAAGUGCUUUUGAAAUUUAGUACUUCAACGGAUUUACAUCAACGGUGUGACCUUUGACACUAAAAGCUAAAUAAAAUUAUCAAGGACAUGUUUGUGUCCAUAGACACUUUAUAGUAAGACACCUGCUUUUAUAUACAUUUGUGUAUAAAGAAUCUUUGUGUGCUUAUAGGCACUCAUGUCUAUUAAAAGGCAUUCUUGUUUAUAGAUGUUUUUGUCUAAAGGCACUUAUUGUAUCUAAAGACACUCAUUGUGUCUAUAGAAACAAUGCUUUUGUUGAUGUUUUUAUGACUAGUAGAUAAUCAUUUAUUUAUUUAUCCUCAUGUAUAUUAAAAUACCUUUAUGAAAGUUCAAAAAGUGAAAUUUCCAGAUACUGUAUUGGUGUACAAGCUGGACUUCAUUGUUAGUUGAUGUUUUUUUAGUUGUAUAUUCUUCUAUUUCUUUAGAGAGCCUUGAUGUGUAAACAACAUGCAUUGUUUUAUUGUACAGAGAAUGAGUCGUUCAGAAUGUUACGAGGAGUUGUGUUUUUUUUAAUCGAGAUUGGUUCUGGCACAGCAAUAAAGAAAGCAGACAAAUUCA